CUGUCCGUCACCCGGCAACCGCUGGCACCACCCCUGACGUCACUGCAGCGCCCACCGUGCAUCCAGCCUCCUGGAAUGUUGUCAUUUCCUGUCUUCUAUUUUACGAAUGAAAGUGGGCUGGGAGUUUGAAUGCGCGUGUUGGUCAGAGGACUGGCAGAGGCCGGAAGUAGGUGAGCGGGCGCAUUUAGCGACUGCUGCGAUUGCUGAGCUUCCCGGGCCCUGAGCAGCCGGGCCUGGGAUUGUGGAACGGGACCGCAUUCGCAUGCGCAUUCAGAUGAAGAUAGUGCUCCAUGCUGUGGGUGUCUGUGAGCUCUCAAGUCACACUGCGCGCUAUCCUCCUGUAGUCUCCACAGAAGCAGUCUGCGGGGACAGUGGCCUCCUGGCACGACCCUCCUGUGGGAACAGAAGCCAAGCCUGGCUGCCAUGGAUCGCUGGGCUAUGUGCCCAGCCCUGGCUUCUGGCUGUGAGCUGGUGAGACAGACAUUUAUGCUGAUUGAUCUUCUUCACUCUCACCCUCACCUUCUCCUUCUGAGGUGUUCCCUGUGGGUGUGCAGCUUGAAUGCUUCUCUGUGUCCUGCUCUGAGCUCUGCUGUUGUGUGCUGUGAGGGGACCUCAGGGAAAUGCUGAAAUCAAGACAUGGGAUCCAUGACCCGAGUCCAAUGGUUGGCUACACAUUCCUUGAGUUUGGAGAGGCUGGGCAAGGCGCGGGCUUCCUGGUCUGGAAAGUUUGCAACAGGGCAGAGUGCAAACCCUCUCUGUGCUCCUCCAGGCAGGGACAGUGGCCUCCUGGCACAACCCUCCUGUGGGAAAGGAAGCCGAGCCUGGCCGCCAUGGAUCGCUGGGCUGUGCUCCCGGCCCUCAGUUCUUUCUGCCUGUGAGCUUCUGAGACAGGAUGCAGUGACUUUUGAUGAUGUGCAUGUGAACUUCACUUCAGAAGAGUGGAAUUUACUUGAUCCUUCCCAGAAGAAUCUGUAUAAACAUGUGAUGCUGGAGACCUACUGGAACCUCACAGUUAUAGGUUCUUAUUGGGAAGACCAUCAUAUUAAAGAACAAUGUCAAACUUCUGGAAGUCAUGAAAGGCAUGAAAGAAGUCAUAGUGAAGAGAAACCCUAUGAAUAUAAUCAAUGUGGUAAAGCCUUUGCAAGACCCAGUGAUCUCCAAAUACAUAAAAGAAAACAUACUGGAGAGAAACCUUAUGAAUGCAAUCAAUGUGGUAAAUCCUUUUCAUAUAACAGUGAUCUCCAAAGACAUAACAUAACUCAUACUAGAGAGAAACCUUAUGAAUGUAAUCAAUGUGGUAAAGCCUAUUCAUGUCCCGGUACUCUCCGAUAUCAUAAAAACAUACAUACUGGAGAGAAGAAACCUUAUGAAUGUUAUCAAUGUGGUAAAGCCUUUGCAAAACCCAGUCAACUCCAGAUUCAUAAACGAAUACAUACUGGAGAGAAGCCUUAUGAAUGUAAUCAAUGUGGUAAAGCCUACUCAUGGUAUGGUAGUCUCCAAUAUCAUAAAAAUAUACAUACUGGAGAGAAACCUUAUGAAUGUAAUCAAUGUGGUAAAACCUUUGCAAAACCCAGUCAUCUCCAGAUUCAUAAACGAAUACAUACUGGAGAGAAGCCUUAUGAAUGUAAUCAGUGUGGUAAAGCCUUUGCAAGACUGAGUCAUCUCCAGUCUCAUAAUGUAACACAUACUGGAGAGAAGCCUUAUGAAUGUAAUCAAUGUGGUAAAGCCUUUGCAUAUCUCAAAAGUCUGCAAUAUCAUAAAAGAACACAUACUGGAGAGAAGCCUUAAGAUGUUUUGGCAAAGAAUGUUGCUGGCUAUUAACUUUGUCUGAAGAAUCUCCUUGUAAUUUAGGUAAAGAGGCUUAUAUUAAUUGCGUUGACAAAGGAAGUCUCAAAAAUCCCCACUUAGACUUUGGCAUGACAGAUUUGAUUAAGCAUAGCAAACUUAAAAGAAAAAAACAGCAAAAUAUAUGGUAAAAAGAGCAUUAUCAGUUGGUUGAAAUAAGCUAAAUCCUGUGAUCAAAGAUAUUCAAUGGUCUUAAAGGAAUGCUUAUGUUGGGGACAGAUACAAUUCAGCUAAUCUUAUGGCUUUGCAACUGUAUGAUAGCUAACUAUAUCAUAUUAGGAAUUAUUUUUAUCUGGUUAUAGUUUUUAUGUGGACAUAUGAAGAUACAAGUAUAUGUCAAACUGACAAGGAAUAGAUUUUGAUUGCUAUUCUGGGUUUUCAAUAAAAAAACUAACAGGGAAAGCUUAGGUCCAGGCAUGGUAUUACAUGAUUUUUAUCCCAGAGUUUAAGAGACAAAACCCAGCUGAUCUCUGAGUUCAAGGUUAAUCUACAGAGCAAGUUCCAGGACUGCCGCUUUUAGGGAGUAAAGUUUUACAGAAAUAGUAAGCUUGUGAUAAUGUAAAAGAAGGGGCCAUGUUCCAGCCCUAGCAAGCAGCAGAUCUCAGUAGCUUUUUCCAUGUGACUCUGUCUUUAUAGGUAAGAAUAGAAAAGACUAUUGAGACUAUUGAUGCUCUCUAGCUGUUGCUAAAAAUUUAGAGGUGAUGAAGAAGAAAUCAGCAUCACUCAUGAGAAAUCUUCUCGGUAAAGUCUUCUGAGUGACAAGGAAUCUGUGUUUUAUAGAUAGCCCAGGUUAGACCUAUUUGUGCAGUUGAACUUGGUCAUGUGUAAGAAUCACCCUGGUGUUACUGGUUUUGAAUGCAUGAAGCGUUCAUGCAGAACAGGUGAGGACUGGCACCAUUGAGCAAGCAUAAGGGAUGCUGUUGGUCAAGCCUAGUUGCAGCGGAAGAACCCAGCAUCCUGAAGAUACAAGUACCAUGGGAUGAGCAGCUAGAACAGCAGGAGGGGGAGAGUGGAGACAACCAGAGCUUAGAGUAACACAGAGGACAGAGCAUGAAAAGUGACCCAAUCUCUUUGGAGAAACAGAAAAGAUGCUGUGUGGAUCCUGGACAUUGAAAGAAGCUGUAAUGUUGAAGUUAUCUUGGAGAGCCCAAGAUUUUUAGGUAUUAUAUCUUUGUGAUACCUGCUCAGGAAUGAAAUAAAACCAGUAAAAGAGAAAGAAUUGUGCUUCAGUGUGAACAAACCAGAAAGUAGUUGGGGAUCUGAAGCACACUUUGACAUCAGACAUGAAGAUGCAGAGUUUGGAGUUUGCUCACCUGGCUUUGGUCUUAUUUAGGUCCAGUAUUUCCUCAUGAUUAUCUUUAGGAAUGAAGAUGUAUAUCCUGUGAAUUUCAAGGUAUAAUAUGUGCUUUUUGUUUUUGAAAGUAUAGGGUGUUACUCUUGCAUGAUAGGAUUAAUCACAGAAGAGUCUUUGACCUUUGGACUUUUAACAUGUUUAAGACUUCUAUAAAUGGUUGUGCCUUUUGAAGUCGGAGCACAAGUGUUUUACAUCAUGCUUUGUUUAAAUGUGAUCCCCACACACUCUAGUGUUUUAAUAAUGAUAUGGGGCUAGGCAGUGGAAUGUGAGAGUUAGGAUUUAUUUGGGGGAGGGCAAGGCACUAUUAGAAGGUGUGAUUUUUUUGCAGAAAGUUUAUCACUGUUGGGGUGGGGUUUGGGGAUAUUCCAAGUGCUGAUGUAACCCUUCUAUUAGCUCCCUGGAAGAUGUCACUUCCUGAAUUUCUUUGGAUCAAGAUUCAGAACUCUUAUAUUCUCCAGUAUUUUUUGCCUGCAUGUGUAACAUGUUCCCUGCUAUGAGGAAAAUAUACUAAACUUUUGAAACUGUAAGAUGAGCCCAAUUAAAUGUUUGCUUUUACAAAAGUUGCAUUGACCAUUUCAUCUAUUCUUCGUAAUGGAAAUUCUAAUUGAGAAGUACAGUCAGUGAAUUAAGGGUGAUGAAGCAAUCUUUUUCAUCAUGUAAGAAUUAGUACUGUGGAGAAAUCUUGUGAAUGUAUUUUGUAUGGUGAAGCCUUUGCACACCUCUGUAUUCUUUGUCAUUAUGAAAUUAUGCAUGCUGGAGAGAAAUUGUAUGAAUUACAGCAACAUUUUAUGAAAUCCACUGAGGUCCAACACAACUCAAAGAUCAGGAGAAUGCAAAUGAUAAGAAAUUAUUUUACAUAAGUCAGUACUGAUAAAUGAGUGCCAGAAAAAUACACUUCAAAGCUUAUUUGAAAUAUUCCACCACUACCCACACUACACCAGAAAGUUAUAUACCUUUCACUUUGAAAACCACAAAAAGCAGUGCCAAAUUACCUCUACAUUUCCCCUCAAUCAUCAGUUUUUUGUAUUCUUAAUCUAUGUCAACUGAUACGGAAUGUAGUUUUUGUUCUAGCCUAUCAUAGCCAUGUGUUCUUUUGUGGUUAGGAUAAGACAUUAUAUUUUGAGGAAUAAAACAGUAGUAACAGAAAGUAUGGUUAUGAACAGUUAUGUUUUGGGGAACAAAACAUGAAUAACGAAAGCUGGCUAGAUAUUUUCAAGUUCUCAGGUCAGCUAUCACCCGACACUUAAUUUUAAACUUAUGAUUAAAUGGAGGUUGGUAACAAAACAGCAAUCCUUAGGACAAAUUCAUUUUACUUGUUCCCAACAUUUAUAUAUUAUAGUUAUGUUCAAGUAUAUAACAAAACACAUAUUGAUGAGAAAUCUUACAAAUGCAAUAAAUGGGAUAAAGAAUUCUAAACAAAUUCAUGAGUGAAUAUAUAAAAGAACUCAUCCUGUAGAGAAAUGCUGUUAAUACGCAAUGUGUUAAAGCCUCUGCAUGUAACUGUAACUCUUCAAAAAAGACUUUGAAAAAGUCAUGAGAAAAAGUCACAAUUCAGACAAACCCCAUACACAUAGAUGAUGCAUUAAUGUUUUGCACCUUCUGGUAUCUUUAUACAAGAGUAAACUUUUUAGUAUGCAAUCAAUCUACUAAAGCCUUUACACAUUACAGUAGUCUUUGUAGUCUUUCAAUAAAAUCAAAAGUAAUCUGUGACUACACAGAAUUUGGGACAAUUGAACAAACACACUUACAUUGUUUUACUCAAGAUUAUUUAAAAAAACUGUGAUGAUUGUCAAGAAUCAACUCACACUUUAUGGUGUCUCUCGAUUUUAUUUGCACUUGUAAACAUGUAUCGACAAAAAACACAUGAAGGUAGCAGUAAGGAACCUUUUCUGCAUUUCAAAUUCUCUUAAGUUACAUGAAAGAACAAUCACAGGUAUAAAAAUUUAUUGUGUGUACUUGUGGCGAUCCACACCAUUCGCCAUUACAAGAUGGCGCCGAGGAGUGUGGUAAACAUCUCAUUUUGGCCUUUGUCCCAGCACAAGUCUGCCCGGCAACAGCAAGCAGCCUAUCCCAACCCGACUAGCUUAUCUACAAGGGAAAGUCCCUGUCCUGCCUAUAUAUGCCGCUCCCUUUCCUUCUCCCUCACCUCUCAUCUUCAAUUCUCCAUUAACCAAUCGGUACUCCAAUAAAGUGUGA